CUCUCCUCUCUACGGACCUGACGGCUAUCUUCACAUGCAGGACGACGCAUGAUGGACGACAUCGCCUUCUUCUUUUUGAACGCUUUUCUUUUUUGCACUUGCUCGGCUUCACCGCCGAAUUUCGUCCUCCUCUUCGCAGAUGAUUUAGGUUUCGGGGACUUAGGUUGUUAUGGACACCCCAGCUCACUCACUCCCAACCUGGACCGCCUGGCAGCGGGAGGGCUCCGGUUUACAGAUUUCUACUGCACCAGCCCCGUCUGCUCCCCGUCCAGGGCAUCAUUGUUGACGGGGCGCUACCAGACCCGCUCGGGUAUCUACCCGGGAGUGUUGUACCCAGGCUCUAGAGGUGGUCUUCCUCUGAAUGAAACCACUAUUGCGGAAGUGUUGAGACCUGUGGGCUAUGCUACUGCUGCCAUAGGGAAGUGGCACUUAGGAGUUGGGGCCAAUGGGAUGUUUCUUCCAACCAGGCAGGGGUUUGACCAGUACCUGGGGAUCCCCUACUCCCACGACAUGGGCCCCUGUUCAAACCUGACUUGUUUCCCUCCGGAUGUUAAGUGUUUUGGAUUGUGUGAUGUUGGCACUGUUACUGUCCCACUAAUGCACAAUGAGGUCAUCAAGCAGCAGCCAGUCAAUUUCCUCGAUCUGGAAAGGGCUUACAGUGAUUUUGCAACCAAUUUCAUUACAACAUCAGUCAAGAAAAAACAACCUUUCUUCCUCUACUAUCCUUCCCAUCACACCCACUACCCCCAGUAUGCAGGCCAAGGGGCAGCCGGGCGCACCUUAAGGGGACCAUUUGGAGAUGCUCUGUUUGAGUUUGACAACACAAUAGGAAACCUAAUAACAGCCCUCGAGAAGACAGGAGUGACCAACAACACACUGGUCAUCUUCACUUCUGACAAUGGGCCUGAACUGAUGCGUUUGUCUCGUGGAGGUAACGCUGGCCUUCUGAAAUGUGGAAAAGGCACCACAUAUGAGGGGGGCAUGAGAGAGCCAGCCAUUGCCUUUUGGCCAGGGACCAUCAGGCCAGGUGUGACUCAUGAGAUGGCCAGUACGCUAGAUAUCCUCCCCACCAUCGCAAGUCUGGCAGGAGCCAAACUACCCCAAGUGAUGCUGGAUGGGGUCGAUAUGACAGAAAUCCUUGUCAACCAAGGAAAGAGUAAAAGGGAGACAAUGGUGUUCUAUCCCACAGAUCCCACUGAGAAGUAUGGCCUGUUUGCUCUCAGGCUAGGGAAGUACAAGGCGCACUUCUACACGCGAGGUGCUACACACAGUGGUACUACCCCGGACCAGGACUGCCCAGUUUUUGCAAUCCUCAAGGCCCACGACCCCCCUCUUAUUUUCGACCUGGAGGCUGACCCCUCGGAGCACUACCCUCUCCCCCUGACGGGAAAACCCGACCUCCAAGCUCUACUGGAGAGGAUCAAGAAAGUCAAGGAGCAGUUUGAAGCCUCCAUGGUGUUUGGAGAGAGCCAGAUAUCAAAAGGAACAGACCCCAACCUGGAGCCUUGCUGCAAUCCUCAGUGUAGCCCCAAGCCCGGAUGCUGCAAGUGUUGAUGGGAAAACACCCACACCCACUGAUGACAAUUGUGGCAAAGCCUGGAGCUACUGCACUGAUUUUUCCCUCAAGAUUGCUUUUUACAAGCACAAGAUGUGAUGCUGAUUUUGUAAUUCCCUGAUAAUGCAUUGCCACUUGCUUGUGUUACUGAAAAGUAACAUUGUAAACACUUCUCAAUGAGGAGAUGAUUUUCUCAAUAUUGAUAUUGACUACUUUUAGAACUAAUGUAUCACAAUGUACUAUAUUUUUCUUGACUAUUUGAAUACAUGUUUUAUUCAUUGAAUUAUGAUUUUAUUUUCCUCUCAACAUUCUUUAUAAGCAUAACAUUUUGAAUACAUGUUUGGACUUCAUGUGAAAACGCUUUGCAACAUAUUCUCAAUCACACAAACAAUCAAGAGUAAAUCUCAACAAUAAAGACAACAAUAAAGGUUUCGGACAUUAAGCAUAUAUUUUAUUCAUAAGACCAAACCCAUGACAAGUUGGAGUGAUUUUUUUUGUCAAUUUCUCUUCCUUAGUUUUUCCCUGGAAUUUUAAUUCAUUUUACAAGUCCUUUGUUUUUAAAGAUACAAGAUAGGAUAUGUUUGUCACAUACUGUUUUGCUCUAGGUAUACAGUGAAGAAUCUUGUUAAUGUAAUAAAGUCAAAAGUUUGGUUUAA